GCUCGCACUCUCCACUGACGAACCCUGGACGACGGCAUGACGGGGAUUCGACACUCGGAACCUGUGCCCUGUUCCCCGCCCAAAGCAUCGGCUUGUGCCCCCCAAGUUGGCGGGAAAGGUAAUAGCCCCCACUACACAGUGUCGACUGCGCACUGAAACUCGCGCGCGGUUUUAACAGUACCGUACGUACCUUUUGUACUCACAGACCUGAACAAUAAUUCGGAACAACGCGC